AAGGCAGGUCCAUCUGCAAACCUAUAGUUUCAUGAUAAUUGUCAUUCUGCCUACUUGUAUUUCUACAGUUCCUCAUCUGUCCACUAAGCGGCAGUAGUGUGUAUCAUGGCGUUGUCACAUGAUAUCUGUUACUUUUCUCAGCGCUCUUAAGGCUUGACCAAUCACAGUCUAAAGAGCCCUGAGCGCCUUUUUAUUAUUAUAAUGAUUAUUUAAUCCUUUUAUAUCCAUUACAUUGGCAAAUUUUCAUUCGUAUUUAAGUUGUGAUUCUUGAAAUAAACAUUAAGGGUAUAAACGUCUCCAAAUAAGACCAAAUAAAACAUCCAGAUAUGUUAAUGCAUCUCAAUGGAGGAUUUGGUGACAAGUUAAAUUUACUAUCCAAUGAUUAAAUAAAUACAGCUGAAGUCAGAAGUUUACAUACACCUUAGCCAAAUACAUUUAAACUCAGUAACAUCAUUAUUUCAUCAGACCAGAGGACAUUUCUCCAAAAAGUAUGAUCUUUGUCCCCAUGUGCACUUGCAAACUGUAGUCUGGCUUUUUUACGGCAGUUUUGGAGCAGUUGCUUCUUCCUUGCUGUGCAGCCUUUCAGCUUAUGUCGAUAUUGGGCUCAUUUUACUGUGGAUAUAGAUACUUGUCUGCCUGUUUCCUCCAGCAUCUUCACAAGGUCCUUUGCUGUUGUUCUGGGAUUGUUUUGCACUUUUCGCACCAAAAUACGUUCACCUCUAGGAGACAGAAUGCGUCUCCUUCCUGAGCAGUAUGAUGGCUGUGUGGUCCCAUGGUGUUUAUACUUGCGUACUAUUACUUGUACAGAUGAACGUGGUACCUUCAGGUGUUUGGAAAUUGCUCCCAAGGAAGAACCAGACUUGUGGAGGUCCACAAUUUUUUUUCCUGAGGUCUUGGCUGAUUUCUUUUGAUUUUCCCAUGAUGUCAAGCAAAGAGGCACUGAGUUUGAAGGUAGGCAUUAAAAUACAUCCACAGGUACACCUCCAAUUCAGGACACCUCCUAUCAGAAGCUAACUGGCUAAUUGUCUAAAUACUUGACAUGAUUUUCUGGAAUGUUCCAAGCUGCUUAAACGCACAGUUAACUUAGUGUAUGUAAACUUCUGACCCACUGGAAUUGUGAUAUAGUCAAUUAAAAGUGAAACAAUCUGUCUGUAAACAAUUGUUGGAAAAAUUACUCGUGUCAUGCACAAAGUAGAUGUCCUAAACGACAUGCCAAAACUAUAUAUUGCUAAUAUUAAAUCUGUGGAGUGGUUAAAAAAAAUGAGUUUUAAUGACUUCAACCUAAGUGUAUGUAAACGUCUGACUUCAAUUGUAAAAUGGUUUCAAUAUACCCAAUUAAUAUUUAUAAUUUAUUGCAAUCUAUUUAUUUAAGCAAUAUUAUUAUUAUUUUUUAUUUUUGUAACCCCCUGAUUGUUGUUGGCCUUUACUGUUGUUUCUUUGUUUAUUGUUUACUAUAUUGUAACUGUAUCUGAUCAAUAAAAAAGUAAAGGAAAAGAGAAAGAAAGAAAGAAAUGGUGAUUAGUUCUAUUUGUACAGUUCCACAUUUGUCCACUAGGUGCCAGCACUCUCCAUUGAUGUCACGCCUUACAACAUCAUGGCGGCGCCCACGGUCCGGUCAUGCUGCAAUAUGUAUCGAGUCAAAUCACAUUUUAUACUGAGGAAAACCACUUUAUCUAAAUAUUUUAAAGCUUCAUUUCACUGUUCCCCAUCUCGAGGCACCGGGCUCCUCUUGUCCCUGUACAACCGAGGUAUCCUGAAGGAGUCGUUCCCUGAGAAAGCAGCCCAGGCUGAACUCCCGGAUCUCCUCCGGUCCGGACGGCAGACAGUCUACUGCGGCUUCGACCCGACCGCGGACAGCCUGCACGCCGGCAACCUGCUCGCUAUCGUCGGCCUGCUGCACUUCAGAGCCGCGGGCCAUGACAUCAUCGCGCUGCUCGGCGGAGCCACGGCGCAGAUUGGCGACCCGAGCGGGAAGACGGCCGAGAGAGAGCGACUCUCCCCGGCCACGGUGGAGCAAAACGCCCGCGGGAUCCUGGAGAGCCUCCAGCGGGUCUUCACCAACCAUGAGCUGUAUUUCUGCCCGGACCCGAGUAAACUGGGCCGGGUGACAGUGCUGAAUAAUUCCAGCUGGUAUAAGGACUGGCACGUGGUGCAGUUUUUGUCGGAGGUGGGUAGGUGCUUUCGGAUGGGCACCCUGCUCAGCAGGCACAGCGUUCAGUCGCGGCUUAAGGGUGCAGAGGGCAUGAGUUACACCGAGUUCUCAUACCAGCUCUUUCAGGCCUUUGAUUUCUACCAGCUGCAUCAGUUACACGGGUGUAGAAUACAGCUGGGCGGGACAGAUCAACUUGGGAACAUCAUGAGUGGACAUGAGUUUAUACACAAAAAGACGGGAGAAGACGUGUUCGGUCUGACGGUUCCCCUCGUCACAAACUCAGUUGGAGAUAAACUGGGGAAAACGGCUGGAAACGCUGUCUGGUUGAACAGAGAUAAAACUUCCCCCUUUGAGUUCUACCAGUACUUCCUCCGCUUGCCAGAUAACAGCGUGGAGGGGUACCUCAAACUCUUCACCUUCCUGCCGCUGGCUGAGGUGGAUAAAGUGAUGGAACAGCAGAGGCAAGAUCCCGGCAAACGGAUCGCGCACAAACGCCUCGCCGCUGAGGUCACUAAACUGGUCCACGGGAAAGAGGGGCUGGAAAGCGCCAAAAGAUGCACCAAUGCUCUGUACCACAGCAGUAUUCAGGCCCUGGAGCAGAUGAGUGACACUGAACUCCAGGAGCUGUUCCAAGAGGCUCCAUUCCAUGAGGUUUUCCUGGAUCCAGGGACGACGGUGCUAGAUGCCUGCAGAAGGGCACAAGCCAUUCCUGAGGGACCACGUGGGUAUCAGAUGAUAAAGGAUGGUGGUGUUUGGAUCAACCACCAGAGGGCAGCAAAUCCCGAGCAAGUUCUGAUUUCAGGACAGCACAUCCUGUCUAAUGGACUCAGCCUGAUCAGAGUGGGCAAGAGGAACUUUUACAUCCUCAAGUGGCUUAGCAUGUGAUUUACCAACUUCACCAGCACAUGGAUGUAUGUCGCUGUUUGCAUUUUGAAUGCCUUUCAAAGACAAACCAUGCAUUGUCCGAAACCCUUCAGGAUUUAUAUGGAUGUAUUCAAAUACUCAGAAUACAAGCUACAUUUCACAUUCAGAAUGUGAACUAUGUGUGCACACUUGUUUAUUCCAGUGUGGAUGAACAUGUUGAAAUGGUAUAUAAUGGAAACUAUUCCCUGUAAUUCCAGAGUUCACCAGCAGUGGUCAGUAGAGCUCUUUUCAUGCACAUUAAAGUAACUUGUGCUGUUUUAAAAGAUUUCAGAAUUACAUGUGGAAUUGUGUGGAAUGGUUAUAUUUACAGUGUGUGGAAUAAAUCAGACGUAUAAAAGACCUGAGGAAUUAGAAAAGACUUUGUCUUGUAUGCUGGUUCCUGUUUUGUUUGGACAAAUUACUUGUUGUUUUGAUGUCAUAGUGUGAAUAUAUAGAGAAGAUGCUCUUGAUUUAAUUUGAUUUAAUCACACUUACUGGAACACUUGAAUCUUGUUCAGAUUUUUAACUAUAGAUACGACAUGAAAUACAAAACAGACAUUAUAUAACACAAUUCAGUUGAUCCUCAGUUAAUUACAUGUAUGAGGUUUACCAGGAGAAUGACUCCUUAGGUGAUCUAUGGGGGAAAAUAUCUUCAUUACAUAUGGAGUUACAUAUGUGCCACAAUUCUGCAAGAUGACAUUUUGAGCGCACAAAAAAAUUAUCUGCAUGCGCAAGAUGAUUGUGAUGAGGAAGAGGGCGGGGUCAGGCCGUGAGUGCGCACGGCCGGCCCCCGAUCGUGCUAAUCAGCUGAGGAGAGGGAUGCGGCAGUUCGAGAGAGAGAGAUAGCCACACGCAGCUGCCGUGUGCGUUUAUGUUUAUGUCUUUUUAUGUUUUCAUUAAACAUUAUUUUGACUGUUCAGCCAGUUCCCGCCUCCUCCUUGCCCAUUUUAAACCUUGUUACAUUGGUGCCGAAACCCAGGAAGGAGGAGGGAUGCGCUUUCGUGGAGUCUUCCCCACUGCCGUCCACCCAAAGGAGCAGCCGUGGCCGUCUACCGGGGGAUGGAUGAGUCGCUGCCGGCCGCCAUCCGCGAGGGGAGGAGGGGCUCACAAUCAGCCGCCAGAACACAGAGGGACGUUCCAUCCGCCAGGGGUCGGAGUACUUCCUCCGGUCCGCCCGGGGAGGAGCGGCUGUUGUCCACUAGAGGGUGGAGGAGUGGUCGAGGACCAGGAAACGCAGUGUCUGGGAACCGGCGAGCAAAAUAUUUUUCUCUCUCUCACUGUCGCUCCGCCUUGCCCUUUCCCUCUCCUCUUUUCCCUCCCCUUGUCUCCCUCCCAGGUCUCGAAAGGCAGGGAAAGCCUGCCGGCAGGUACAGUCACAAGGGCAACGCCCCCCCUCGGGGAUGUACAUCAUGCCGGGGGUUCCCCGGCCUGAUGCAAACGAGUGAGGAGUGUGAUGAGGAGGAGGGCAGGGCCGGGCCGUGAGUGCGCACGCCCGGCCCCCAAUCGGGCUAAUCAGCCAAGGAGAGGGAUAUGGCUGAGCCGGAUGUGGCAGUUCGAGAGAGAGAGAGAGAGCCACACGCAGCUGCCGUGUGUGUUU